GCCCUGGAGACAAGUCCUAAUCAUCUGGGGGGGUGAUUAUGUUCAGUUCUUCCUCCCCAAACCACCCAGACAUAAUUCAGAUCCAAACUGGAGAGACAGGCAGGCACGCAAGAGGGGACCCCAGCACCGCACAGCCCUCCCGAAGCCAUGUACAGGAGCAGCUUCCUUCGCGAGGUGCGCAAGGAGAAGUAUGAGCGGUCGGAUGCCUACGAUGAGCUGCGAGGCUCCCCCGAAUUUGACAGUUUGGCCCAAGCCCGGGGCCUGGAGAACCUGCAGGAGCUCAACGAGCGUUUCGCCAGCUACAUCAACCGGGCGCGUGUGCUGGAGCAGCGCAACACCAUCCUGCGCAAGCAGCUGGAGACCUUCCAGCGCAUGGACGAACUGGUCGGCUUGGACGAAGCCUUCGCCGGGCAGAUUGAGUUCAACCGCCAGCGAAUGCGGGAGCUGGCGUCUGACCGAGCCAAGUUGGAGCGGGAAGAGAAGGACGCCCAGCGCAUGCUCGAUGAGUACCGCAACAAGUACAGAAAUGAACGUGAAUAUCAGCAGAGGCUAAAAGCGACCCUCGAACGCCUUAAUAAGGAAGCUGAUGAAGCACUGCUGUGCAACCUGGAGCUGCAGAUCGAGUCCCAAUUCCUGCAGGAUGACAUUAAUGCCACAAAGGACAGAUACAAGAAGAACCUUAUGGAAAUCCAGACCUAUGUCAAUGUUUUGCAGCAGAUCAUCCAGACAACUCCCCGCGUGUCCCCGAUAACCACUGGCAUAUGUGAGGAAAAACUGAUAGCGGAGAGGAGGAUCCCUGUUCUGCAGAGCCAGCUGGAAGAAUACAAGAGCAUCCUCUGCCAGCUACAGGCACAAAAAUACAAACUGCAGACAGAGACAACCAUGCUGGAGCAAGCGAUUAAAACCACCCAGGAGAGUUAUGAUGAUGAAAUUCAGCUUUACAAUGAGCAGAUUGAAAACCUUAGGAAGGGGAUAGAGGAGGCCGAGAGGACCUUGGAGAAGUACACGACCGACUGCCGCCAGCUGGUGAUCUACCAGCAGUCCCUGGAGAACGAGCUGGAACGGUACAAACGUAUCAUCGAGAACGAGGACAGCCGGUUAAACUCUGCUAUAGCAGGAACGCCAGUCACACUCUUCACGCAGAUCUAUAGACCUGUCCAGCCUCAAGCUUCGAGGGGAAGAGAUAUCACCCAGGCCAUGCAAGACAUUGCCAGUGUAAAGCCCAGACAAAAAGCUCUGACAAAGAAAAUUGCCAGGAAAAAGGAGCUGAUGUCUAAAGACAUAACCGACGGUCUCUCGCCUGAAAGAAUGUACGAAAGAACUCUGGAAGGUUUUGACCAAGAUCAGCUGGAGUUUAGGCACGAAGGCUCAGUCACAUGUGAACCUGGGCAGGAAGAGUUAGAACUUGACGAAACAGAAACGGGCCCUGAGGACGUACCUGAUGGAGCCCAGAUAAGUAAAGCCUUCGAUAAAUUAUGUAACAUUGUGAGGGAGAAGAUAAGAGUCUACAAGAGACCAGAGCCUAAACCUGAUGCCUAUCCCAAAGGGCGUUAUGUGCUGGUAACAGGGGAGGAAGGCUAUGAAGAGCCUUGCAUCUUGGCCCCCUCCAUCCCAGCUGUGGGAGGGAUCAUAGUUUCCACGAGCAACGGGAAGGUGAUGAACGGUGGUGAAGUGGAGCCCAUACCGGAGCUGCCAGAACCUGCUGAACCAUCAGAAAAAGAGAAAGAGGCUAUCUGUGAAAGGAGGGAAGAGUUUGAACUUCUUCAAGAUAAACAGAAAGAGGAAGAGAGACAAGACAUACUUGAAUGGGGCAAAAAAACAAGAGGAAAAAUCGAGCAAAUCACAAAGUAUCGGGAAAUCUCUGAGCCUGAGAGAGUUCCUUCCCCUGGUCUGAUAAGCCCAACCGAGCCAGGAGUCCUUCGAGAGGCAGAAUAUGAUCGAGAAGAUAAGCAGGCCCUUUUGUUCAGGGAAGCAGGCUUGCCCGGCUCCAUGAGCUACGAGAAGGUGGAGGUGGUGGAGUCCAUCGAGAAGUUUUCAGAUGACAGAAUUCAGACGUACGAAGAGACAGCGAUGAUUGUGGAGACGAUGAUAGAGAAGACAAGCAAGAAGAAACCAGGUGACAAAGGCUCUUAA